AUGCUCAGCCAGAGGCCGUUCAUCUUGAUCCUCUCUUUAUUUUGUAUUGUGACGUCAGCCCGCAAGAAUUUGAUCGUGGACACCGACUUAUUCAGUGAUUGCGAUGAUGCCGGUGCACUGUUGCUCGCGGCAACCUCGCAAGAGGUGAACCUCCUCGGAGUCAACAUCAACUCUCAGUCGUCGUACUCAGUCCUGGCUGCCUCCGCCAUAUUGAACCACUACGGCCACUCUGAAGUACCCAUCGGCGCUCGCCGUCCUCUAAACAACAUUCCAUUCUUUGACAGCUGGACAAAACUGCUCGGCGAGUUCGCCAGCAAAAUCGCCACUCACUGGACCAAAAGCAUGUCGGAUGCAGACGAAGCCUGGGACCCCAUCAAACUCUACCGCAUACUCCUCGCCGAAGCCGAAGACGACUCUGUCACCAUCGCGUCGAUCGGCUUCCUCCACAAUCUCUCAGCGCUUCUCAACUCAACGGCCGAUUCCUACUCCGAACUCACCGGGCCUGAGCUCGUAGCGGCAAAGGUGAAGGAGCUUGUGGUUAUGGGCGGCGACUACCCAAGCGGGUACGAGUUCAACUUCUGGUACGAUGACCCGCCCGAGACUGCCCACGUCAUACACAACUGGAAGAGUCCCAUCGUCUACGUGGGAUUCGACCUCGGGAGCUCGAUCCGUUCAGGCGGCCCGCUGAUGGUGGAUGGCCCGAAGACGGACCCGGUGAGGGCGGCGUACAUCUUGUAUACUUAUUAUCAACCGAGAUGGUCGUUUGACCCGGUAGCAAUGCUGUAUGCUAUCAAGGGCCUGGAUAAGUACUUCAGAUAUGGAAAUGCGUACGGUUACAACACCAUCAAGCUGGAGGGGGAGGCAGGUUGCAAUGGCUGCAAUGAGUGGGUUUUUGACGAGAACGUAACGAAUCAGCACUGGCUCAACACGAAAAUCAGCCAUGAAGAGAUUGGGAACGAGCUAGAUGAGCUAUUCCUGAGAGGCGCGCGGUCUUCUCCCCGUAGCUCCGACCCUAUCUAA